AUGGAUACUGUGCAGGUGAAAAAUGAGCAGAUCGAUACAUCAAAUGAUGAUGAACUCGAAGAUGAAGAUGAAUGGGAAGAAAUGACGAUGCUUGUUACUGUAAAUGGAAUUUUGGAUGCUGAUUUGGUCCGAGAAGCUGUAAAAACAGAUACUGUAAAAUUGAGAUAUGCUGAAACGGAAAACCCAGUUCUACAGGUUUGUUUUUCAUUUUUCAUCUGGUCAGAAUCAGGAAAAAACAAAUUCUAAUUCUUUUAAUAGAAUUUGGCUCUAGAAAAAAUUAAAUAUAUUUUUUUGCAGUUGAGUAAUUCGUUGUAUACUGCAACAUGGACACGCGAUCUUGGAACAAAUAUUAUAAUUGAAAGUAGAUCUCCAGAUGAUUUUGAGGUAAUUUUUUUUUGAAUAAUCAAUUUUUAUUUAAUUUCUAGGUUAUAUCAUGUUCCUCGAAUAUACUUCAAGCAGAAAAAGCUCUUCUUACUUCAGUGAAAUCAGAUGAAACAUCUUCAUUAGCAGCUCCAGUUGAUGAAAUUCCAAAUUCAUCCAUCACUAGAUCGACUUUUCCAAAAACCAAGUUAUGA